AAGUGGACGCCAACUGUAGAGAUUGAGAUUUGCGCUCUUCUCCGGUCUCUCUGCUCCAGGCUCCUUUCGCUGGCGCCGAUGGCAUGAUGGGAGGUCAAGCAUGCAUCACUGGACGCGAGGGCAGGCGGAAUCAGAUGACGACGGACGUCAACAAGAUUGUGAGCAGCCUGGGAGGCUACAGGUCACAUAAUUCAACAUCUCCGACAACGUGGCAGUGUCCUCGCACCCUGAACCACAGGGCGUGCCGUUUCUUGAUCCACCCCGGUGGUGCCAAAUGCACCGUGACCAUCCAGCAGACCAGCGACUGGAGAAGGGCUUAG